UAGACAAGAAAGCCCAUUAAAAUGGCCCCAUAUCCGUAACCUCAAACGGUCGGCCCAUCACUCUCUCUCUCGCCGCCCAAACUCUCUACUUGAAUCGAAAACCCCAAAAUCGAAUUCAUCCUCUUCUUCUUCUUCUUCUUUCUUCUCUCUGCGCCGCUCAAAUUUCUCCAGAAAAAUGAAGAAGAAGACGAAACCAUCAAGAACCAGAAACCCCCAAAUCAGAUACAAAUUCUUGAAGCCCGGGGAUCUAGCCCAGAUCAGGAACUCCAGGAUCAAGUCCAAAUCCAGAACCCGAGAUGCCGGAACCCUAAUUUCCUUGUUGCAGGAGAAUCGCCACAGCUCGUCCCCUCCGCCGGAGAAUCCAACCAUGGAAGACCUUCCCUGCUUCGAUCUGAGAAUCAAGAAUCCCCGUCCCCGGUGCCUCCUCAGCAAGAAGCUCUUUGCUGUUUCCCCCGUUUUCUCCCAAUCCCGUUCUUGAUUCUUCUUCCCGGUAUGGUUUCUCUGGCUCUUCUUGUUGUUGUAUUUGUACUAAGGUUUGAUUUGAUGAUACUGAACAAUAAAAAUUGAAGCAUUGUAUGGAAUCUGAGUUAUCCUUUUCUUUUAAUGUUCCUUUGAAUGGAUUGAUUUGU